AUGGCUCAAAGCCAGAUUGAUCUUGCUAAAAGGGUUAAGUCCGAGAAACUGCUGAUGCAGAUGCUUACUGCCGAAAAAAGCAAGCUGGAAAAGAGCAUACAACAAAUGGAAGAUGAGCUGAGGUCAAAACGAAGAUAUUUGACCUCGACUCCGGCAAGUCAGAUACCUAUUCCAGUGACAUUGGUGACACCUGACGCCAGUAACAUUGCUGUAAGCGCCCCUCACCACAGUGACGAUGGGUGGAGCCCAGUACCCACCCCAAGACGGUCAAAGCCGUCAGCAUUGCCACCACAGCCAACGCCUGAGCCAGAGAGGCCCACACCCACUCCAAGACGGUCAAAGCCGUCAGCGUUGCCACCACAGCCAACGCCUGAGCCUGAGCCAGAGAGGCUCACACCCUCUAGAGAUCCUCUCAGUCAAGACUCUGAAUCGAAAGGAGUUGGUGCAGCAGAUGAGAGUAUCGCCAAGUUAGCCGAAAUCCUUACCGAAUUGCAACGUCGGGACCACCUGCCGAGAGUUGAACCAGAAGUCUUCAAGGGUGAUCUUCUUCAAUAUCCGCUAUGGAACUCGUCAUUUGAGACCAUGAUCGAAGCUUGUGUUACCUCAGUGACACAGCGAUUACACUACCUGAGUAAAUAUACGGGAGGUGAAGCAAAGGAGGCUAUUCGAGGUCUGCUCUCUCAAGGCACCGCAGAUGCAUACAUGAGGGCAAGGUCGCUCCUAAAGGAAAGGUACGGAAAUAAAUUCAUAACAGCAGAAGCCUACAAGCAAAGAAUUGACAGUUGGCCUCAUCUUAAGGCGGGAGAUGGUAGGGAGUUGAGGAAGUUCGCCGACUUCUUGACAAGUUUUGCUAGUGCAAUGAACUCAAUCCGUUACCUAGAUGGACUUAACAACCCAGAUGAGAAUAAGAAGAUUCUUCGCAAACUCCCACGAUAUAUUGUGGACAGAUGGAGCAGGAUUAUUGAUACAAGGCUGAGCAAAGAUGAUCCAUCCUACCCAAGUUUUCAAGAAUUCUGUGACUUCAUCGUAAAGGAAGCCCGGAUCGCAUGCAGUCCAGUCAGUCUAAGAGGGGAGGACAGCAGUGGAAAACCAGACAAGGCAAAGGGGACCGCAAACCAUUUCAAGUCGAAGACUUUGUCAACAGUUGCAAAAUCGUCAAAAACUGAGCCGCAGCCUAAAUCAGAACAGACCAGUCAGAAGCCUAAGCCAAAGGCCCGCAAGUGUGCUGUAUGCAGUAAUCCCCAUGGAGUCGCCACGUGUCCAACCUUUGCAGCAAUGUCUCUGACCGAGCGAAAAACUACAAUCAAGGAUAAGGCCCUGUGUUAUGGCUGUCUGAGAUUCGGGCACCGUCGAGCCACAUGUAAAACAAAGCUGACAUGUGAGGUGUGCUCAAAACUGCAUCCAACUGUACUGCAGGAUUACAAUGCGGUAGCAAUGCCUCAGACAGGCGUUGCCCCAGAUAACGCUAACACUAACUGUGUAAAACAAGGACACAGGUGCUCUCAUUCGUUAAUCCUACCUGUCACCCUGUAUCACGAGAAGGAUCCAAGAAGAACAGUCGACGUUUACGCCCUCUUGGACCCACAGUCCGACACUUGUUUCGUCUCUGAGAAUACAGCCAGAACCCUAGAUGUUAAAGGAUGUGAUGUUACCCUCAGGCUAACAACCAUGUUAGCUGAAGCCACUGUUAAGUCUACUAAGGUCACAGGCCUCCGAGUAAUGGAUGUUGAUCGCAAUUUGGAUGUAGGCCUCCCAGUUACCUACACCAGAGACAAAAGACCUGCUACACAUGGGCAGAUACCUAGAGCUGACACUUUGAGAACAAUUCCCCACCUGGCAAAGAUAGCAGACAAGCUUCAUCCUCAUCAAGACAUUGAAAUCGGCCUGCUUGUUGGGAUGAACUGCCCUCGACUCAUGAAACCUAGAGAUGUUGUCCCAGGAGGAAACAAUGACCCUUAUGCCAUUUUGACCGAUCUUGGUUGGGGAGUCAUUGGUAUCCUUGACUGCAGCUGUGAAGAUGAAAGCCAAAUAGAGUCCGCCUGCAGAUCAAUCAGUACUGAAGGAGGCAGUUGUCACUUUGCAUUCAGAACCAAAGGCAAGGAGAUAAGUCCAAUUCUACUUAGUGAGUGGUUUGAACGAGAAUUUCAUGAAGACGACUCCGAAGAGAAGAUGUCCUGUGACGAUAGAAAAUUUCUAUCCAAGGCACGAGAUGGACUACAGCAGUUAGAAAACGGACAUUUUCAGCUGCCCCUGCCACUGAAGGAUGACAACAUGGUCCUGCCCAACAACAGACAGCUCGCUGUAAGGCGCUUAAAUGGUCUGAAACGCCGAUUACGCCGUGAUGAAGCAUAUAAGGGAAAGUAUGUUGAUUUUAUGGAGGACUUGUUUGUGAAGGGCUAUGCCGAACCAGCCCCCAAGGAGACCCCUACAGGCCAAGUCUGGUACAUUCCCCACCAUGGUGUACUUCAUCCCAAGAAGCCAGAUAAACUCAGAGUUGUUUAUGACUGCAGCGCUGCAUAUCAAGGACAAGUACUCAACAGCAACCUUCUCCAGGGUCCUGAUCUCACAAACAAUUUAACUGGCAUACUUUGUCGUUUCCGGAAGGAGCCAGUGGCCUUCACCUGUGACAUUGAGGCUUUCUAUCACCAGGUAUCUGUCGCAGAAGAUAGUAGAGACCUUUUUCGCUUUCUAUGGUGGAAGAACGGGCAGCUAGAAGAAGAGCCGACCGACUACAGGAUGACAGUCCAUGUGUUUGGAGCCACAUCUUCCCCUGGAUGUUGUAAUUAUGCGCUAAAGGCCACAGCAGACAAGUACGAAGAAAAACACGGAAAAGAGGCUGCCGAUUUUGUAAGAGAUAGUUUCUACGCUGAUGAUGGCAUCCGGUCUGUCCCAACAACCAAGUCAGCCAAGGAGUUAAUCGAUUCAAGCCGCCAACUCUGUAAGGAAGGAGGUUUUCGUCUGCACAAGUUUGCAUCUAAUAAGAGAGAAGUAUUGGACACCAUCCCUGCUGCAGAAAGGGCAAAGAAUCUUCAACACGUCAAUCUGCUGCAAGACGAUCUGCCAGUUGAGAGGACUUUGGGAGUAGAAUGGUGCAUCCAGUCCGAUGCCUUUCGUUUUCAAAUCCAGCUCCAAGGCAAGCCGUUGACAAGAAGAGGGAUUCGAUCUAGUAUCAGCUCGGUCUUCGACCCCCUUGGACUGGUGUCGCCACUUGUACUGGUGGGGCGGAGGAUUUUACAAGGAUUGUGCAGUAGCGGCGCAGAUUGGGAUGACCCAUUGCCAGAGGAAAUCAAAAUGGAAUGGGAGAGAUGGAGGCAAGAACUCAUGAUCCUGGCUGGCCUAGAAAUACCAAGAUGCUACAAGCCUGAAAAUUCUGGUGAAGUCAAGACAGUCGAGUUGCAUCAUUUUUCCGAUGCUAGUUUGGUCGGAUAUGGGCAAUGCAGCUACCUUCGGAUGAUCGAUGAAAACAACAAUGUCGACACUGCCUUGGUCAUGGCCAAAUCCAGAGUCGUUCCGUAA